AUGUUAACAUUAGGUCAAGCUUCAUGUCUAGUUUUGGAUCUCCAGAUGACAAACGAAAAUAGGCAAAUAGCCAAAAAAAUAAUGAAAGAAUCCCCUUUUGGAGUUACGUAUAUCUAUGGAACAACUUACUUGGAGCCCGUUGUAAUAGCAAAAUCGCUUAUUGCGAAGAAUACAUAUAAAUACAAGCAUUACCCAGAAACGCCUCCAGGGAGUCCAAACUUGAAUCCUGUCAAAAAUGAAAUUGACAUUGUGGAUGAAAACAAUGAUGACCACUUUGGUGUUCAGACUCAAAAGAAGCUCAGUGGAAAUAAAGCACCAGUAAGAGGAAGAUCAUUAUAUGUAUUGAAGAAAAACAUACAAGAAAACCUUAAUAUCAGCAAAAAGUGUUUCAAGAAACACAUUCAAAAUUCACAUGGUGAGUGGAUUAAUAUCGAGUAUGUGCGAAAAAGCGCCACAGACGAAUCAGAUGAAACUCGUGACAGACUUGUACGAAUGAUGGUUUCGAAAUUAAUUAAUAUUGGUUUUCGUGAAAAGAUCUACGUGUCACCGUGUUCAAGUGCCCAAGAUCCAAUUUUCAAACGCGAUUUCGAAAUUGAGCACAAGUAUGGCGACGGGAAUACUCAAGAUUUUCUCCGAUACCUUUCGAUCUGCUCUAAAAAGAUUCGUGUUUGCAUAAUCAGCUAUGCAGGUUUGACGACAAACACCGAAGACUUGCAAAAAUUCCUGAGCAUCCACAAAAAAAUAAAUGAGAUAGUUAUAAUACAUGAUAGUAAUAUAGAAAUUUUGGAACGCAAGGCUUUGAAGAAAGAAGAGACACUUAAGAAAUUCGAUUGUAGAACAGGCACUGUUCCUCGUUCUAAGCAAUUCAAACAAUAAGCCGAAGGUGUUGCUUAUCACAAAGCAAACUUCCAUAUAACGUUAACAAUACUGUAAUAAACUGCCAAUAUAUUAUUAAUUAAUGAAACAAUUACACAAAUAAAAUAUAAUUUUAAAGCUUUU